GGAUUAUCAGCACAGUUCUCUCCAGAUGUUGUGGACUACAGCUCCCAGUGAUGGCCGGCUGGCCAGCUACACAUGGAGGAAGGCCGCCAUGGAAAUGCUUUGGCAGCCAGAGAGCUGUGACUUAUUUGCAUGCUUAAUCUUGUACAUUGCUCAUGCUGUUUUGUGUGCAAUUUGCAUGAAUGAGCUGGACAUAGGGCCCGGCUUUUGAAACGCCUACUGGUUGCGUGAGGCUGGUUUCUGCAGCUUUUUUCCAGGAUGGAAGCUUUGUUUGGUUUGGUUUGUUUUUUUAUAUAAAAGGGGCAACCUUCUUAAGAUGCUGUAGAAACAGGUCUAUUAAAAUGAAGACAUCACCUCGCUGAUGCUAUAAAGCAGCAGACUCACAAUAUAAGAUUGCCUGUUCUCCAUCCGCCUGUAAGGACAUGGGCUGUAUUCAGACUAUACACUGAAAGUGCUGUAAUGCUGUUUUCAACACUCAUGGCUUCCAUCAAAGAAUUCUGGGAGCUGUAGUUUGUUAAGGGUGCUGAAGAUUGUUAGGAGACCCCAAUUUCCCUCUCUGGGUGAAUUACAAAUGCCCAUGAGUAGACAGUCCCUGCUUUACAUUCUGAAUACCAGGACACAAAAGGAAAAUGGAUUCAAAAGAAGAAGGUAAAAAGCAUACUCAAGCACCAUUUCUUUGUACAUUUAUUUCUCCUAUAGCCUGACAGAAAGACUGCUGUAGACAUCUCGUAUACAGUGGUACCUCAGGUUACAUACGCUUCAGGUUACAUACGCUUCAGGUUACAGACUCCGCUAACCCAGAAAUAGUGCUUCAGGUUAAGAACUUUGCUUCAGGAUGAGAACAGAAAUUGUGCUCCGGCAGCAGCAGGAGGCCCCAUUAGCUAAAGUUGUGCUUCAAGUUAAGAACAGUUUCAGGUUAAGUACGGACCUCCGGAACGAAUUAAGUACAUAACCUGAGGUACCACUGUACUGGUGCCCUGACAGUUCAAAGCUGACGCAGACCAGUCAUGGAUUGCCCCAAAGAAUUGUGGGAACUGUCGUUUGCUAAGGGUGCUGGGAAUUGCUGGGAGACCUCCGUUUCCCUUGCAGAUCUACAAUUCCCAGAGUGGCUUAACAAUCAAUCUCUCUUCCAAGGAACUCUUAUAUAAUUGUAGCUCUGGGGAAGGAAAUGGGCACCUCCUGACAAGUCUCAGCACACUUUACAACUCCCAGAACUCUUUGGGGGAAGCCAUGACCCAUAGCACUUUAAAUGUGAAUGUGUGAACGUCGCCUGCUUCUUUCUCCUAUAGUGAUGGGAAGAAGGACGAGGAGACAAGGCGAGUGUUGAAGGGGAUAUCAGUGCACCCGACAGCAUGUCAUGCACUCACAGACGGGCUACAACACUGCUAAGGGUGGCCUCCUUGACAGGGAGCAGCCCUCACUUUGAAGGCAUCUCCUCUCUGAAGGCUUGUCUGGUUUCAAGAUAAAGAGCCCUGGAGAAAGGGGGCUUUGAACUGCCUGAGCCUGAGACCUCUUGGUUUUGGCUUUCCCCGUUAUGGUGAGGGUUUUAUUUACUUCUGCCUGAACUACAGUCAUUACUUCUAAAGUGGCAUCCCUACAUAUACAUUAGCACAUGCAGUUUUUGCAUAGAUCGGCCUCUUCCUUUGUCCUCCCUUUUGCCAAUGCUGUAAGUUGCAACCACAGUCGCUCUCCAACCACCGAUCGACUUUCCUGCCUGUUCUGUUUUUGAAGACUUUUCGCUGCCUUGCUCUACAACCACAAUGUUUACACCCUCCAAUGGACAUGUGGGUCAGAAAUCCAAGAGGGCGAGGAUUCGGAAGGGGGUUCUGUUACUGCAGUUUCAAUAGAAAUGCAAUUCUUCCCAGUGAAGACUGUGGACAGGUGCCGCUGUGGGCCUGUAUGUUUUUGGUUUCUUUCCAAUUUUUUAAAAUUAAUUUUCACAAUAUUAUAAACAAACAAACAAACACACAGACAAACAAACAUAAACAUAAAGGGCUGUGGGCCUGUAUGGGUCUGUUGACCAGGGUCGGAUCCCCGCAACGGAGUGAGCUCCUGUUGCUCUGUCCCUGCUCCUGCCAAUCUAGCAGUUUUAAAGCACAUCACUGCAAGUAGAUAAAUAGGUACCGCUCUGGCGGGAAGGUAAACAGCAUUUCUGUGUGCUCUGGCUUCCAUCAUGGUGUCCCAUUGCGCCAGAAGCGGUUUAGUCAUGCUGGUCCAUGACCUGGAAAGCUGUCUGUGGACAAAUGCCGGCUCCCUCGGCCUGAAAGCAAGAUGAGCGCCACAAGCCCAUAGUCGCCUUUGAGUGGACUUAACCGUCCAGGGGUCCUUGACCUUUUAAUUGUAGAUGGUCAGUUUUGAACCCCUGCCAUGCUCUCCCACCUUCAAGUAUUUUUAAAACUGAUUUGGAGUGGUUGGCUCUUCACAUCCUCUGUGACAUAUUACUGUGGUUAUUAUGGUUAUUGUUUAAUUACCUGCCCUUUGCUGUAAGGUCCCAGGGCAAGUUGCAACCAUUAUAAUACUGAAAACAAUUUGAAACAACUUACAGUCACAGAAAUAAGAUGGGUCCUGAAAUACGCAUCUCAAGUGUCAAAGGCCAGGGUAAAAAAAGGUGUCUCCACCCCCAUCAUUCAGCCCAGACACUGAGGUCCAACACUGAGGGCCUUCUGGUGGUUCCCUCACUGCAAGAAGUGAAGUUACAGGGAACCAGGCAGAGGGCCUUCUCAGUAGUGGAACGCCCUCCCACCAGGAAAUAAACAACAAUUUCACUUUUAGAAGACACCUGAAGGCAGCCCUGUACAGGGAAGUUUUUCAUGUUUGAGGUUUUACUGUAUUUUUAACCUUUUGUCAGGAGCCACUCAGAAUGUCAGGGACAACCCGGUCAGAUGGGCGGCAUAUAAAUAUUGACAUUAUUAUUAAUAAUAUUCACCAGAAGCUGAAGGUGCCAGGUGCACCUCUGUGGGCAGGGAGUUCCACAGGUUGGGGGCUGCCACAAAGAAGGCCCUCUCCCAGGCCACCACCCCCUAAGUCUCUGAGGGUGGAGGAACAAACAAGAGGACCUGCUCUAUCAAUCUUAUCACCCGAGGGGAUCGAUAGAGAAGGAGGCAGCCUUUAGGGUAUUUGGGGCCUGAGUCGUUUGGGACUUUAACAAUGGGGGAUGCCUUCGCCUAAAGAACCGCCCAUGUGGCAGCCUUUCUCAGAGGACUGUUCUCUAUAAAGUAGGACACACCUUAUUCUACAGGCUUCUCUACGUGCCCAGAGGCACUUUCAUGUCUGACAGCAGCCAGUCUUUUAAUGAUUGUUCUGCACUGCUUUUAGCAUUUUUGAGAAAAUGUUGCUUUUAUGCUGCCGUAUACCACCGUGAUGCUUUAUGAGAGGGCAGAAUACAAAUACUUUAAUGAGGAAUUAGCAUUUAUGCCAGGCCUUGAUGACGGGCAGCAGAAUGUGUGAACUGGCCCCUAGUGGGGGCACCAGUGUGCUGCCGCCAUUUUAAUUUCCCAGAAUGCCCCUGAUAUAGCCUCUCAACAAAUAAAAAUGGUGGCGAUCAGAUCCAGCUGACCAGGUCAGAGGGUCCAGGAUCUGUGGGUCUCAUGGGGUAAACUGGACCCUGGCACAUGCCUGAGGGAGCUGGCUGCUGAUGCCAGGCCAGCCAGGAGGCCCAGUGAAUAGUGCUUUGUGGAAGCUGGGCUUUGGUGGAUAAACAAAGAUUAUGGAAUGUGUUAACUCGCCUGGGGUUAGGAGCCGGUUCUUCCUGGGGCUCCUUGACUCAAGUCGGCAACCUCCCACUGCAAAGAGAAACAUCCCUGCUGUGGGGCUGCGUGCCAGGAAACGGUCUCCAUCUGCUUCCUUCCGCCCCAUUGCAGAAUCAUUUCGAUGCAGCGACAGGGAGAACACGUGAUGCAACGAAGCAUUUGCAAAUUCCCUUUAUGCAAACGAGUUCUUCCUCCCGGAGCAAAGGAGCGAUUUGCAUAAGCUUCAUGCAAAUUUAUUCAAAGCCACCAACGCCUUUGAGUUUCUGAAACUUGCAAUUUGCAGUCAUGCCUGCCUCUUUUCCCCGCCCUCCCUCCCCUCUGUUUUCUCUCCCCCACCCCACCCUCAGGCAUCAAAACUAAAAUUGGAGCCCUCCUCUUGACGCUCCCCCCUGCAGCUGAAGGACGUCCCGCAAAAAUGGAUCCACCUAGCCCUUGGUGGUGACUCCACCCAAGACCUCCCCACGGUUUUUUUGAGGCAGGUAAACCAUUGACCGCCCUGUUCAGAGGAGCAUCGACUUCAGAGAUGGCUGGGGCUGCUGGGCCCACACUCUGGGUAAGAGGCUCUUGCCCUUUUGUGUAAAAGCUUCUGUCAGUUCUGCAUGUUAUCAGUUAGGAUGUCUGUAGUGCCAUCAUUGUAAUUACCUGUAAUGGAAGCAAAAAACAAACAGGUCCCUACCUCAAUGAGUACAGUCAAUGUUCUCAUUGACUGAGCUUCAUACAAGUGGGGCGUCACUUUCACAUCUGUUUUUGGUGUCAAGAGACCCCAACAGUGUGUGUGUGUGUGUGUGUGUGUGUGUAAAAUCCACACCCCAACAUUUAGAAAAUACCUGGAUUAUCAUAGAAUCAGAAUUGUAGAGUUGGAAGGGACCAUGAGAGUCCUCGUCCAACCCCCUGCAAUGCAGUAAUCUUUAGCCCAAUCUGAGGCUCAAACCCACAACCCUGAGACCAGGGGUCAGCAAACUUUUUCAGCAGGGGGCCGGUCCACUGUCCCUCAGACCUUGUGGGGGGCCAUACUAUAUUUUGAAAAGAACAAAAAAAAUGAAUUGCUAUGCCCCACAAAUAAACCAGAGGUGCAUUUUAAAUAAAAGCACACAUUCUACUCAUGUAAAAACACGCUGAUUCCCAAACCGUCCGUGGGCCGGAUUUAGAAGGCGAUUGGGCUGGAUCCAGCCCCCGGGUCUUAGUUUGCCUACCCAUGUCUGAGACUCUUGAGCCACAGAGACGUGGAGCAUGGCUUGACACCGCUUUGAGAACCAGUGUGGCAUAGAGGUUAGAAUGUCGAAUCGGGACCUGGGAAAGUCCAGGGUUCAAACCCCCCAUUGAGCCAUGAACCUGGCUCUCAGCUUAAUUUACCUCUCAGGGUUUUUGUGGGGAAUUAAGUGAGGAGAUGGGAAACCAGCUAUUGCCGCCUUGAGCUCCUUGAAAAAGAGGUAGGAUAUCAAUGCAACAAAUAAAUCAAUAAACAAACAAAUUGCUCUUUCAGGACCCAGUGACUUUUGACGAAGUGGCCAUUUACUUUUCCCCAGAGGAGUGGGCAGAGCUGGCAGAUUGGCAGAAAAAUCUCUAUAAGGAUGUGACGAGAGCCAGCUACGAGAUGCUGGUUUCAUUAGGUAAGCUAUUUGCUGUUUAUUGGAUGGCUCACGGGUUGUGCUCACCCGAUGAAUUUGAAGGGCUCCAAAAGGCAAGAGGUUGUUUCACUUCAGUUAUAAUUAAUAUCCCACUUUGGACCUUGAAAGCUUUGGGCCUCCAGAUGUUGCUGAGGUACAACUCCCAUCACCCCGACCAUUGGCCAUGUUGGUUGGGACUGAUGGGGUUUGGCAUCCCACCUCAAACCUCUCAGAGCUGUGUAUCUCCGGAGAGUCAAAGCUGUGCUGUUGUAGUUUUGCUGCUCUUACAACGGCUCCCACCAGCCCUGACCAUUGGCCCUGCUAACUGGGAAUGGCAGGAGUUCAGCAACAUGCAGAGGACUCUGCAUUGGCCACUCCUGCUGUAGACCCAUCUAGACUGAUCAAUGAGAGCCCAUGUGGUAUAGUGGCUAGAGCUGGGGUCAGCAGGUUUUUUUAUCCGUGGGCCAGUCCACUGUCCCUCAGACCUUGUGGCGGGCCGGAGAAGCGGCACCGGGGGGGAGGCUGGAAGAAGAGGCGAGGGGGGCAAGUAGUCUUCUUCCCCAGCCCCAGCUGCUGCGCUUACCUCCCAGGGGCUGCCACAGAGACAGCGGAGAGAAGAUGAGGGGCACGAAACGGCUGGGUCCGGAGAGGGGCUGCUUAAAAUGGUGCUCAGCAAGCUCAGCCCAGCCCAGCCCCCUUCCUCCUCUAGGCAGGGCAGGGAGAAGCCAGGAGGAGGGAGGGAGGAGGCGCCGCCACGGUGUGUGUGAGGGAGAGGGUUGUUGUGAGGAUAAAAUGGAGAGGAGGGGAAGUGGUUCCACCACUUUGAGCUCAUUAGAGGAAAGGUGGGAUAUCAUCAUCAUCAUUAUCAUUAUGCCCCACCCAUCUGACCCACUCUGGGUGGCUUCUGACAUAUAUAAGAACAUUACAUUACACAUUAAAAGGCUUCCCUAUACAGAGCUGCCUUCAAAUGUCUUCUAAAAGUUAUAUAGUUACUCAUCUCCUUGACAUCUGAUGGGAGGAUGUUCCACAGGGUGGGGGCCACUACCAAAAAGGUGCUCUGCCUGGUUCCCUGUAGCUUUACUUCUCGCAGGGAAAUAUAACUAACAAACAAAUGGAUCUAAACCAGAAACAUUGGAAGUUGCUUUAUACUAGGUUCCUGACAGGAACUGUAAGGAAAGGGUAAUAAUUCAUCAAGGGUGUGGGGAGGGAAGAAAGGGCAGUGAGUUGGCCUGCUCAAAAUCCUAGAAAGGUUAGGCAGUUAACUACCACAGGCCAUGAGACACAGUGAGGCAUCUUUUAACAAUUGUUUAAUUAUUGUUAAAAGUUACAAAAACAAAGAAGCACGGGACUGAGUGAGGGAGCAGUUUUUGGAAUAGCAUCGGGAUAUUAGCUCUGCGCAAGCCCUGACAGACAGCAGCAACAACCGGGAAAAGAUAGACAUAAUAUUUUACAAGAACAGGAAGAAACAAUAUGGACAGAAUAAAUGUCACACACAGGAAAAACAAGGACACAGUAUGAGAUCUUCACUUGUAGUCUUAUAAAUCAUUUAAUGUGUUAACAUGAAUAGGAGUUAUAAAGAUUGCAGCUGUUGUAUAAGGGAUUACUGUUAUGACUGGAAUGUGAUUGAAAUUAAUAAGAUUUUGGAACGCAGAAAUAAAGUAAAUCAUAAAACCAUCAAUUCUAGCAUGCCUAAAUUCUAGCCACCUAAAUUAUAUAAUUUGGUAUUUGAAUGAUUGGUAAUAGGAAUUGUAUUAUAAUUUGGCAUUGAUAUAAUGAGGCUAUUAUUGGAUUAUUGUCAUUGAAAACUAAUUAAAAUUAUUAUAUUAAAAAAGAAACAAUAGUUAUACAGUGGUACCUCGGUUUGCGAACUUAAUCUGCUCCGAACCGAAACUGUUCUUAAACCGAGGCAUGCUUUCCCUUCCACCGGCCCUUCGGUCAGUUUAAUCCAGCCCUGGCAGUUUAUUUCCUGGGGCAGUUUAUUUCCUGGGGUAAAAUCUCAAAAAAAGCUCAACAGCUUUAGUUGGCCUUCACGCAUGUUUACUUCAUCAAAUCUGGCCCUCUUUGAAAAAAAAUUGGGCAUCCCCAUCGUAAACCGAAUCGUUCGUAAACAGGACUGUUCUGAAACCAAGGUACUACUGUACUUAAAAAAUAAAGAGAGACACUGAGGCAGGGGCAAAAAAUGAGGGGGUAUGCCAUCUUGUUCUUUGCCUCAGGUUACAUAAUGUCUUGGGCUGGUCCUCAAGUGCCCUAUCCAUCUCCACUUUACUAGGCCUCGCCUUACAGAAGCCCGACAUCAUUUUGAGAAUCGAGCGAGGGGAGGAGCCUUGCGUUGGGAGACUCCAGACCUCAGAGGCAAGAGAGGUUACACACCACAGCAUCUUUGGUGAGUCCCAAGCUCAUAGAUCAGAAUACUGGCAGCUUCUGAUUGAUCUGAAGAUGGCUGCCAAAUCCGGUGUGCCAGUGCGGCGGGAGAUCUGCUCUACAUUGCAUGCUCGCAUGGUGUUACUGGGAAGAAAAGUGUACUGAAGAUUUCCUUGUCUCUAGAAGCAAAUGGUGUUGCAGGCUAAAUGUUUUAUUUUGCUUAAGAGGAGGACGGAGACCCCUUUCUGCCUCAAGGGCAACAGGCUUUCCAGAGCAGCUUUCCAGGGGCCACAUGCUGGAAUGGGUGAAGGAGAAAUUUGGGUUGCCUUGAAAGGGGAACCCUUCCGAAUUUGUGUUCUUUGCAACAAUACACAAACCGAAUCACAGGUCCUGCCCCUCGAAAUUCGCACAUCUCUGAAUUUUGCAAUGUGACGUGUACAAAAUUGCAUACAGUACAGGUGCAUGCCUUAGUGAAAACAACUUAUAGCAAUACAUCAUAUUCAGGGAACAUCACCGUUACUAUUUCUGCAGCAGGGGCCCUGUCUCCAGGGCCCUAGAGCUGCCCAAUCAGCAUGAAGUCUUUACGUCCUUUGUGCUGAUUAGAGCCAAUCAGAGUGUAAGGAGGUGGGUCAGCGACUCAGGAUUGGCUCCUAGGGCCACUCUGGAGAAGGCGUGCAGGAAUGAAUGAAUGAAUUAAUUUAUCCAUCUACCCUGCCCCUCUGACAGGUUUACCUCAGCUACUCUGGGCAGCUUCCAACAAAAUACGGGGGGACCAGAAGAAAAAAACACAUCAAAUAUUAAACGUUUCCUGAAACAGGGCUCAAAUGUCCACGAAAAGUCAUUUAGAGAAGAAGAAAUAGUUCUGUGUGCUCCAAAAGCUAAGCAUUUCGGAACCCUGAAAAGACAAGGGGCUUCACUUUCAAGAGAAUGGUGUGCAAAUAUAAACUUGAAAAUUCUUGUAAUGUCCAGGGGAUAGGGGCUAAUUUGGUGUCCUCUGUCUGCCUCUGCCAAUCGCCCCACAAAAAGCUGAACAACUAAGCAACUGUGUCUGUACUUUUACUUCUUGAAAUAGGGCAACCCUAAAUUAGAAGGUUAUUGUAUAACCUUAGAAAAGGACUCGGGUGUGAGGAGGAGUUGCUGUGGCUAUUAUAAAGGGCCCUUGCACUUCUGGAUUUGCUGCUAUGCUACUGUAACAUGGUCCCUAAGGCUGGACCUCUCCACACUGGGUGAUGGUAAAAAGGCAGGUUUUUAACCCUUCUUGAUCAAAACAUAGUCAGUUCUUCCGUUGUGAUCUCACCAAUUUUCUGUUGGCUCACAUACAACCUUUCGCUCUUGUCUCCUGCCGUUGCAGAUGGCCAAAUCCUGAUUAAGAAAGAAUCCUGCCUCGAGGAGCGGCCACCAUGCUGUGUGGGGCACCCAGAGGUGCUGAAGGCAGGCCCGAACAACGGGACCUUUGGUGAAUUUUCCACGUGGCCAGGGAGCCACCUCGGGGCCAACUCGGCUGUGAGUGGAAUGGCCGCACUGCCAACUUGGUCCACCAAGCUCCAGUGGCAGAACGUGCAAGCGCCCCCCGUGGAAUUUCAGGUGGGGCACCCAGGGGUCUCUGGCAGCGCUUUCUGGCCUGGCAGUGUCACGGUGCCCCCACCUAGCACCUACGAGGAGACGCUGCUCAUCUGCACCCAGUGUCAGAAAUGUUUCCCUGCCCGCUCGGCUCACGGCGCCCCCUCCGGGGGAGAAGCGACGCAAGUCUGCCCCGAGUGCGAGAGCAGCAGUGGCCACAAGGGCACUCCCGCCGCGGCAGACCCGCGAAGCCACAACACAACAAUGCAACCCUGCUCUUGCAGCCACUGUUCGGGGCUUGGCGUCCGCCAGAGAGUCCCUAAGGAGGAGCGGCCCUACAAGUGCGGCAAGUGCGAGAAGAGCUUCCGCUUCGUCCACGAAUACACGUGGCACCAGAAGGUCCACGCCGGGGAGAAGAUCUACAAGUGCAGCGUGUGCGAGAAGGUCUUCCGCCACAAGCAGGAGCUGAUGUGGCACCAGCGGGCGCACACGGCCGAGUGGCCCCACAAGUGCGGGGUGUGCGGGAAGAACUUCCGCUUCAAGCAGGAGCUGACCUGGCACCAGAAGACGCACUCGGUGGAGCGCCCCUACAAGUGCGCCGAGUGCGAGAAGAGCUUCCGCUUCAAGCAGGAGUUCAUGUGGCACCAGCGGGCGCAUGUCGGGGACCGCCCCUACAAGUGCACCGAGUGCGAGAAGAGCUUCCGCUUCAAGCAAGAGUUCAGCUGGCACCAGAGGAGCCACGCCGGGGAGAAGACCUACAAGUGCCCCGGGUGCGACAAGAGCUUCCGCUACAAGCAAGAGUUCUACUGGCACCAGAGGAUCCACACGGGCGAGCAGCCCUACCCCUGCGCUUCCUGCGACUCCACCUUCACCUGCCGGCAGGAAUACAUGCGCCACCAGAGGCUGCACGACGGCGAGAAGCCCUACCAGUGCCCACACUGUGAUAAGACCUUCCGGCGAGGGUCCACCCUGAUCCGGCACCGGCGGAUCCACAUGGGAGAGGGGCCGUUCAAGUGCUCCCACUGCGACAGGACCUUUGGCCAAAGUGCCAACCUCAUCAAGCACCAGAGGAUCCACACGCUGAAGGACGAGCCGGUGGAGAACGCCCACAGAGAAUGGGGCCCUUGUUUGCAGGGCGUGGGGGUCCCCUCUGUCCAGCCCGAGGCCGUCAGUGUGCUGAGCCUGAAGACGGUUUCCGUGGGGGCGCUUCUCUUGCUGAACCUCCAGGAGCCGAAGCAGGAGAAAGAUCCAGCCGGGAAUUCUUGGGAACCCCAAAUGUGACCUCGGGUUUUUUACAGGACCCCUGUUAAAAAAAAGAUGGGGAAUUGGGCUUUGUAGAGGGGAGAAGAGAGAGAGAUCGACUCCACACUGGUAGGUUUGGGCCGAUCGGUCGAUCUCCAGAGUUUUGGGGGCAGGUCGCCCAAUGGCAGACAUUACAAACUAAAGUAAGGCAGUGCCCUCUGAAGUGUGGAGGGAGGGGGAAAGGGACCCCCAUCAAAUCCCAAGGAAGAGGCAAAUUCUGUUGGUGAGGCCUCUUUGGAAUAUAUGAAGGCAGAGCUGCCCCCAGCUGAGUUGUAAAUGGGAGCGAUGCAUUGAAGGAAGUGGCUGAGGCUCUUGCUUCCAAGUAGACCAGCAGCAUGGUGACAUCUAGGUGUUUGGGACUACAUGUCCCAUCAGCCUCAGCCCACACGAUGGUGUGAGCUGGGGUUGAUGGGAGUUGUAGUUGAAAACAGCCCCAUCAGCUGGGGCUGAUGGGAGCCGUAUUCCAAAGCAGCCACAUUGACUGGGGCUGUUGGGAGUUUUAGUCCAAAACAGACACAUUGGCCGGGGCUGAUGGGAGUUGUGGUUGAAAACAGCCCUGUCAGUUGGGGCUGAUGGGAGUUGUAGUCCAAAACAACCACAUUGGCCAGGGUUGAUGGGAGUUGUGGUUGAAAACAGCCCUGUCAGUUGGGGCUGAUGGGAGUUGUAGUCCAAAACAACCACAUUGGCCAGGGUUGAUGGGAGUUGUAGUUGAAAACAGCCCUGUCAGCUGGGGCUGAUGGGAGUUGUAGUCCAAAGCGGCCACAUUGACUGGGGCUGUUGGAAGCCGGGGUCCAAAACAGCCACAUUGACCAGGGCUGAUGGGAGUUGUAGUCCAAAACAGCUGCAUUGACUGAUGAGAGUUGUAGUACCCCAAACCGCCUGAAGGGCACCAGGUUAGAUGAAGCCUCUGCGUUCACAGCCUCUGGUGGUUAUCUUAGCACCACCGUAGUGUGAGGUGUGCUUUAUUUAUUCAUUUUUGCCUAAUCGUGCCUGGCUCUUCUUGGGAGACAAGGCCGCUGAUAAUUGUUUCUUUAUAGACCUGGCACCAUGCUUAUUCAUCCCUUUUGUCUCAACUUGCUUUGCACCCAGAAAAAACACACCCUCCCUGCUCCCAGGUAGUCGCUUCAAACUGUCGGCCGAAAUCUUAUUGCUGGGCCGGGGGUAGGGGGUUGUAUUCCAAGUGCAGACUGAGAAUAAAUGAGAAAUGAGAAGAUAAAUGAGAAAGCAAAAUAGCCCCUUGAGGGUGUGGUCUUGCACCUGCCCAAAAGAAGACUUGCAGGUGUUCCCCGUCAGAAUUUGGAAACCGCAAGGAACAGACACCCACCCUCUCCUCUCAGACUCUCUGCAUCGUUACAGUUGCUCUGAGCCUCAGUUUCCCCAAUGCUCAAAUUUAAGCUGGUUGGACAUUUUCUCUCCAGCUCUCCCUUUUGCCACCCAAGAAGCUUUCGCCUAAAACUUCCUUGCUUUGACUUCAGUGCUGUUCCUUUUGAGCACUGGCACGGAGAGGUCCUUGCUUGGAGUGCACGUUGUAUAAGGUUCUUGCUUUGGGAUACCCAAAUAAGCACCUGAAAAUUAAAAGCUCUGUUGCCUGGGAUGUUUUCCUGUAAAUGAACAGAAGACUUCUGCACAGCCCCUGCCUUGUUCAGUGUGUCUUGCGAAGAAAGGCAUCCCGGCUGACCGUGCCGAAUUUGGUUGCCUGUUUCUGCCUCCUUUCAUAGCCGCGUCCCAUGAUGGCUUGGAGGGGUGGACUCCUUAGUUGGGACAAUACCCGAGCGCUGAUGGUUUCUGCACAUUGAAGCAAAAAGGCAGCAAUGUAGCUACCCUGGGACUUUGCUUGCACAGCCCAAUUCUGUGACAGAGCCUCUUACUCCAAACUGGCAACGUCCAGCACCGUUUUUAAUCUCCCUGUUGACGCUGUCUUGCCGUCCUUGUGAGUUUCCGUGAAAUCCGCCCGAGGCUGCUAUUUUCUUACUUAAACGAGUAUUUUAAUGUUG